AAAUCCGCUAUGCAACUGUGUACUGGAAUAGAGCUGAAAAAACAUUUCAGGUCAAGAAUAUACUGGACAGGAGUGGAGAUGCCUAUGGUUUCUACAACAACACUGUACAGACAACAGGUUGGGGAGUUCUGGAGAUCAGAGCGGGCUAUGGCAGUCAGACCUUAAGCAAUGAAGAUAUCAUGUAUGCAGCUGGCUUUUUGGAAGGCUACCUCACAGCUCCGCACAUGUAUGACCAUGCUGCAAAUAUGUACCCGCAGUUAAUUAAGAAUCCCACCGUUCGAAGCGGAGUUCAGAAUUUCAUGGCGAAACAAGAUCAAUGGACAAGACAGCAAAUCAGAAAUAAUAAGGAUGACCCCUUUUGGAGGCAUGCUGGCUAUAUUAUUGAACAGUUGGAUGGUCUGUACAUGGGAGCCCUCGAGUGGGCUAAACUACACAAACAAACACCACUGAGCAUCUUUGAUGUCCAAUUUCUGAAUGCAGUUGGAGACCUGUUGGACCUCAUUCCUGCGUUAUUUGAGUAUUCUGCACGGGGUGGACAAUGCAAUGUGGAGCCAGGAGGCCAUGGGAAAUAUCAGUGGGAUAUGGGUCACUGCUCUGCACUCAUCAAGGUUCUACCUGGAUAUGAGAAUAUCUAUUUUGCCCAUUCCAGCUGGUUUACAUAUGCAGCCACACUGAGAAUAUAUAAGCACUGGAACUUCAAUAUAGUUGAUCCAGCCACCAGCACCAGCCGUGUCUCGUUCAGCAGUUACCCAG